AUGAAGAAAGCUAUAUCCUCUUGGGGGAAAUCGCGGCCGAAUGAAGCGACAAAACAUGUGCAUGCUGGCUGCAAAUACACUGGAGUGACUUUGUCAGAGGAGCAGCUUAAAUACGCUGAGAAAAAAGUAAAAGAAGCUGGCUUAGAGGAGCACAUAACUUUUCUGCUGUGUGACUACCGUAAAAUGCCACCUUGCAAGUAUGACGCAAUCAUAAGCUGCGGUAUGAUCGAACAUGUUGGCCAUGAAUACAUGGACGAAUUUUUUGCCAUCUGUGAGUCUCACUUGGCUGAAGAUGGCAUAUUGGUCCUCCAGUUCAUCUCAAUUGCAGAGGAACGGUACGAGCAAUACAGAAAAAGGCCAGAUUUCAUAAAAGAAUACAUAUUCCCUGGCGGCUGCCUUCCUUCUUUGGCACGUGUAAUGGCUGCCAUGACCUCGGCAUCAAGGUUCUGCAUAGAGCAUGUGGAGAAUAUUGGGCCCCAUUACUACACAACUCUGAUACACUGGAGGGACAACUUCAUUGCCAACAAAGAUCAAGUUUUGGCCUUGGGCUUUGAUGAAAGGUUCCUCCGUAUCUGGGAGUUUUACCUCAUAUACUCUGCGGCUGGUUUCAAGUCACGAGCAGUUGGAGAUUACCAGGUUGUUUUCUCUCGUCCAGGCAACAGGCGGCUAGCCAUGUCUUGA